AUGUCGAGCCCAUCGAACAACCACAGACCCAGGAAAAAGCGAAAACAAGCUCCUAGUCUGAUUCGAAGCAACACCAUCACCGACAUUGUCAAGAUCGACCCGGAUGACAGCAACGCCAUCAGCCCCGAGUUUCCCCUGGUAGCUUUUCUCUGGCCAGCCCGGGGCACCACAUCUCAAUGGAUUCUGCUGCCGCUGAUUCUGAUGAUUGUCGGUCUCUUCAGAUGGAGUGUUGGCUUUUGGGGCCACUCUGGAUAUCAGGCGCCGCCAAUGCAUGGAGACUUUGAGGCUCAGAGGCAUUGGAUGGAGAUCACAACCCAUUUGCCAGUAUCGAAGUGGUACUUCUACGAUCUUCCGUACUGGGGUCUCGACUAUCCUCCUUUGACGGCGUACCACAGCUGGCUGUGUGGCAAAGUCGGUUCUUUGUUCAAUCCAGCCUGGUUUGAGCUCGACAAAUCUCGCGGCAUGGAAGAGGCCGAUCUCAAGGUGUUUAUGCGCGCUACCGUUAUUCUCUCAGAAUACCUCAUCUAUGUCCCGGCGUUGAUUAUAUUUCUUCGUCACUUCGGCAGGGCCCACGCUACGGGGACUACCUCAGCAUCGAUCGCACUCGUGGCGAUCCUCAUGCAACCAGCGAACCUGCUCAUCGAUCACGGCCACUUCCAGUACAACUCAGUUAUGCUCGGCUUCGUUGUCGCAACUCUCUCGAGCAUCUAUGCUGGUCGACUCUUGUGGUCUUGCAUUUUCUUCGUCGCUGCCCUUGGGUUCAAGCAGAUGGCCCUAUACUAUUCGCCUGUCAUCUUUGCUUACCUGCUAGGCUCUUGCCUAACUCCGAAAAUUCGCCCUGGUAGACUCUUUUCGAUCGCUCUCGUCACAGCUCUUGCGUUCACCGUGUUGCUGGCUCCAUUGCUCCUCGGAUCACUCUACGACAUAUACCAGAAAGUUUCCUUCUCUGAGAUGGCCUCACCGCCGUUUCUUGCCGAGAGGAGCAUAGCUCUUGACCCUAAUGCUCCUCUGGAUAUGGUAGUGCUGCAACUCAGCCAGGCCAUCCAUCGAAUUUUUCCAUUUGCCCGUGGCUUAUUUGAGGACAAGGUGGCAAACUUCUGGUGCUUUACAAAUACGUUCUACAAACUUGGCAAGCUGCAGGGAAUUGUCGACCUCCCUCGUGUUUCAGCGAUCGCAACUCUUGGAUCUAUCCUGGGACCGAUGCUGAUCAUCGGCGCGGUACCUCAGAAGGCGCUGCUCCCAUACGCACUAGCCACGUCGGCAUGGGGAUUUUUUCUCUUCUCCUUUCAAGUUCAUGAAAAGUCGGUACUGCUUCCAUUGCUUCCAAUGACCUUGCUACUCGGCUGCAAACAAGGCCUUAGCAAAGAGUAUCGAGCCUGGAUUGGGUGGGCAAAUGCACUCGGCGUCUGGACCAUGUUUCCGCUGUUGAAGAGAGACGGGCUCACAAUUCCCUAUGCCGUGGUAUCUCUUCUGUGGUGCUACCUGCUUGGGCUUCCACCGACCAGUGUGGGAGCGUAUUACGACCCUGAGCACGAAAACAUUACCGGUCGACCACAGGCUCCCGAUGAUUUGGCGACACCGACCAAAAUUCUACAUUUCCAGACCUACAUUGUCAUGGCAUUUUGGCAUCUGCUGGAAGCAUUCGCAACUCCACCCGAAGAUAAGCCUGAUCUCUGGGUGGUGGCGAAUGCAUGUAUUGGCGCUGCUUGUUUUGGGAUUUGUUAUCUGUGGUGUUUUUGGAAAUUGAUAUUGGAGAGCGGCUUGCUCGAUGGAUACUUUGAGGACCGAUCCAAUGUCGAUGAGACCAGGCAGUCUCUGAGAGAACAGUUGGCUGUGAAGGAGAAAAAGAAUAGAUAG